AUGACGAAAUAUGAAAUGAGUGACAUAGGUUUUCUCAAGUACUUCCUUGGUAUUGAAGUUCACCAAAGUGAAGAUGGAGUGUUCAUUUCUCAAAGCAAGUAUGCCGAAAAAGUGUUGGAGAAGUUUGGUAUGCUUGGUUGUAAUCCUACAUCAACACCACUCAUAGUAAAUGAGAAACUCAAGAAGGAUGACGGAGGAAGAAAAAUUGAUGAGACUUACUAUAGAGGUCUUAUUGGAAACUUGUUGUAUCUUACACGCACAAGGACAGAUAUUAUGUUUGCUUCAAGUAUGCUUUCUAGGUUCAAGAGUUCACCUAGUCAUCUACAUCUUGGCGCGGCAAAGAGGUUGUUAAGUGACUUGGGAGGUUAUAUUGAUGACAUGAAGAGUACAUCGGGGUAUGUUUUUUCUCUUGGUUCGGGUAUAUUUUCUUGGGCAUCGAAGAAGCAACAAACCGCAGCUCAAUCUACAAUGGAAGCGGAGUACAUUUCGGCAUCAAUAGCUACAUCUCAUGUCGUAUGGAUAAGAAGAAUUUUGGAAGAUAUCCAAGAGAAGCAAGAUGGUAGAACUGAAUUUUUUUGCGAUAACAAAUCAGCAAUAGCAAUAUGUAAGAACUGA